CGGUUAACAACAAACCAAGCGCAACACUUGCAUUUGGCUGGAAAUAGCGCGGAAUUUAGAAGCUGUACACACAGCAGGCGGGAGAAGCCAAAACAACAUUGCGUUUUAACAUUUUAAAUCGUGCUAAAGUUAAAAACGAAUUAAGGGAGGAUUUCAAGAUGGAUGAGUUCGGAGUUUAUGCUAUUUUUGGGGUAAAUGGGCCGCCUCAAAGGCUGUUGAGAGCGGAGGGGUCGUGGAGAGUGUCUGCUGCGGUUCCACCGUCUGUCCGCCAGGUGGUGCUGUUCAGCAGCGGACCGUGGGGGGAAAGGAUCUGCGUCAACGCGGAGCUUAACGACGCUGAUCAGAUUCCCAUCACGAUUGGAAAACUGACCCCUUAUAACAAGUGUCUGUCAUGGGAGCAGUGGGAAGAAGAAACCUGGACAGACGGCGUCACACUGAAUGUUUCUCUGGAGGGAGGAAACCUGACAAACUCACAACCAGAGCUGAUAGCUGUGAAUGAAUACACACCAAAGAAUCCGACGGCUCCCCUCGCAGACCGAGAGCUCAGCGGCAAGAGAAAGAGAGAGCGAUCGGCUGAGGAAGACGGUGGCGACAGGAUGUCAAAGGCGAGAGGAGAAGAAAACAUUUGCCCAAAUGGAGUUGGGGAGAAGGUGACGCCUGUCCGAAAAGGCAAAGGUCAAGUCAAAAGCCAGAAACUGUUUGGUAACGGAGAAGACGCCUCCAAGGUGAAGGCAGCAGCUAAUGAAGCAGGAGCGACGACGCCUCAGAACGCAGCCAGGACGAAGAGUCGGCAGGCCAAGACUCCCACACAGACAUCCUCUCUGGUCAGCCCGUCGGGACGCUGGGGUCAAACUUUGUGCCCCAUCGACUCUCAGACGGCCAUUUUAAUUGGCGGUCAGGGAGCCAGGAUGCAGUUCUGCAAAGACCCGAUGUGGAAACUCUGCACAGAGGAUUUGUCCUGGGUGGCUGCGGAGACUCUGGCGGAAGGCCCCACCCCCGAGGCCCGAAUCGGCCACUCUGCCAUCUUUGACCCCGACUCCAAAAGGAUCUUUGUGUUCGGAGGCUCCAAGAACAAGAAGUGGUUCAACGACGUCCACAUCCUGGACACUCAGAGCUGGAGGUGGACCAUGGUGGAGGCCCAGGGAAAGGUUCCCCCUCUAGCCUACCACAGCUGCAGCAUGUUCCGGGGCGAGCUGUUCGUUCUGGGCGGUGUGUUCCCUCGGCCCAGCCCGGAGCCCGACGGCUGCAGCGACUCUUUAUACAUCUUCGACCCCCACCUCUCCAUCUGGUACCAGCCCAUCGUCACCGGAGAUAAGCCCUCCCCCCGUUCCGGCCACUCGGCCUGUGUGAUGCAGGAACGGUACAUCUAUGUGUUUGGGGGAUGGGACACUCCCGUCUGCUACAAUGACAUGUACAUGCUGGACCUCGGUCUAAUGGAGUUCUCUGUUGUGAAAACAUCAGGAAAAGCUCCAUCUCCUCGAAGCUGGCAUGGCAGUGCAGUUCUCUCAGAAACCAAAUUCCUGAUCCACGGCGGCUACAACGGAAACAACGCCCUCAGUGACACCUUCAUUUUCGAUAUAGACACAAACAGUUGGACCGAGCUGAAGCUAGCUCAGCUCUCCAUGCCGAGGGCGGGGCAUUCCAUCGUCACCAUGGAAACGCCUGAUCACCAUGGUUACUCCAAGGACUCCUCGGUCUCCUCCGGAAGAACUCUGCUGGUGUUCGGAGGCGGAGACAACGAGGGAACGUUUUUCUCCGACGUGACGAGCGUUUCCGUCGAGGACCUGCUAGCCGCGGCGUAAAGAGCUAGCCUUUUAGCUCCACCCGCUACAUCCGGCUCUAUGAUUAAAGUCGAGGUAUCUGCUGUUGAAGUGUAUAUUUUGAGUUUAGUGGAGAGAUUUUUCUUUUUCAUGUGUGUUCUCUUAUGUAUAAACAAAACUGCAUUAAGAGUCAAACUACUGCUUAUUUUGUAAAAAUCGUAAUCAUUUAUUAGGCUUUUAAAUGUGUAUUGAGAAAAUAUUUUGUAUAUAUGUUUAAAACUUAUCCUGGGGGAAAUUUACUUUAUUU